AUGGUGGACAGCGGGUCAUCUUGCCCAAGCUGCCGCGAGGAUCCGGAGCAAGUCGUUAGGAAGCGUUGGCAAGAGCGUGGUCUCUGUGAUGCUGAUGGAGUUGUCCCUAAAGAAUGGAAGAACGCUCCGGCGACCAAAGACUCGAAGAGACGGGAGUCGAAGCAUGACCGCGACGUGACGCGCCCCAGGAGUCACUUCAAGUACCUGACGGCUGUAAAAGAGGAUCAAAUGAGAAAUAUCUGUAAGGCUAGGAAGAAUAGGCUUCCUCCAAACGUCCACGACCGUGCAGUCGGCGAGGUGAGGAAGCGUUGGUGCGGGAAUGGCGUGUGGGACGAUGCUUGGAAGGAUAAGCCCGGACGCAACGAUAACUGGAAGUAUGAGAUACUUCUUGACGAAUCGGCAAGGUGGAAGGAGAGACAAAGCAGCCUGCUCAUCGAGAUAAGUUGCCAAUAA